CCACUCGGCACCAUCCGAUUCGCACAUUCGUCGAAUCAUCACCCAUGGAAAACUACACCAUUCCCAUAGAAAAGGCUGUUGACCUGACGCCCGUGCCUUCGCAACCGGACACCUUCACCAACGCUCAACUACUGUGGAGCUUUGUGGGCGGUUAUGGAGUCUACGGCGGAUCGACUGUCGCCCACUGUCUUGUGGCCGCCCAAAAGACCAUCCCAAGCGACUGUGUCGCCCACUCUCUCCACUGCAGCUUCGUGGCCCCCGCCAAUCCAAAGCAUCCGAUUGAGUAUCGUGUUGAACGAACACGCGAUGGGAAAAGCUUCCUCACGAGGACCGUCCACGCCACCCAGAAGGCCAAGGUGAUCUCAGCGGCAAUCGUCAACUUUGUGCGGGCGGGAACAUAUAGUAAGAGCAGCGACACUGACAAGGCAGGAAGGCUCGAACACGAGCCAAAAAGGCCCGAGGGUUUGACAUUACCCGAUCAAGCCGAGAUGGAUGGGAAGGGGAUAGAUGGGCCAUUUGAGACGCGCUGGGGGGAAGUCCUGAACCAAAGGUCCGACGACCUGGUCAACACUCGGAUCCGAUACUGGAUGCGAGCUAAAACACCCAUGCAACAGACGGGUCCUCAGGUCCAACUUGCAGCGCUGUCAUACAUGUCCGACGCAUACUUCAUUGGUGCUGCAGUACAGGUAUAUGACGUGCCCGGUCAGACGUUCGGGACCAAAAUGGCCAUGGCAGCUAGUUUGAAUCAUACGAUUUACUUCCACCACCCUGACGCGGUGCGGGCGGAUGAGUGGAUGUGUUCCGAAAGAGAGAGCCCGUGGGCCGGCAACGAUCGCGCGCUGGUGAUUCAGCGGAUUUGGUCCCCUGAAGGGAUCUUGGUGGCCACGUGUGUUCAAGAGGGAGUUCUGCGUGUCCAGGCGCCCUCCGAAAAGGUGAAACUGUGAGAAUCUCGUCUGACCGAGCGAUAGGCGACAUCCUCAAUGCUAGCCCGAGGAAGUCGUUGCGUCUUUCCGGAGAACCAGGACUCGCUUUUGCUACCUAUAUCACACUUUCUUUCCUUGCUUGAUAGCCUCUAAGAGUGAGACAAAUGAUUCAGUGAUGAAGAAUACGAUGGACAUGUUAUAAUGUAGUGUAGUAACUUAGUCGAGGCUAUCCCAUCCGAUAGCGCUCGUCAUGGGAACAGAAUUGGAAAGGGUUGUGGCUAGAAACAUCAUAGCCUUCAGAUAUACAAUGAAGUUCGAAACAAUGGAAUCAUGCGGCUCUGGGGUGGAAGGUGGCGAAAGCAACGAAGAUU